AUGUCUGAAUCAAUCACUAUUACCAUCAAAUCGUCUGGCGAUAAAAAAUACGAAGUCACAGUUGAUCCACUGAUCACUGUUUCCCAGUUAAAGGAGUUGGUCGCGGAAAAGUCUGACAUACCUGCUGGUAGUCAAAGAUUGAUCUACUCAGGAAAGGUAUUGAAGGAUACUGAAACCGUUGCAUCUUACAAGGUGCAAACCGGACACACUAUCCACUUGGUUAAAAGUGCUGCCACCACUGCAGCUGCUGCUGCUGCUGCACCACAGCUGUCAAACACCCCAGCUAAUGCUUCAGUUCCUUCAAACAUAGCAGCAGGCCAAGGAUCAUUCAACCCACUAGCUGACUUAACUGGAGCACGUUAUGCUGGAUACAGCCAAUUACCAUCGGCAUCCAUGUUUGGACCUGAUGGGGGUAUGAACAGCAACAUACCGGACCCUGAGCAGUUAAAUUCCAUGAUGUCAAAUCCUGUUUUCCAACAACAAAUGCAAGCAAUGUUAUCAGAUCCUCAAAUGCUAGAUUUUAUGAUCCAACAGAAUCCUCAAUUGAGAGCCAUGGGUCCUCAAGUCAGAGAAAUGUUACAAAGUCCAUUAUUUAGACAAAUGAUGUCGAACCCGGAAAUGCUAAGAAGUAUGAUGCAAAUGAGAGGAGGUGAUGCGGGGCAAACUAAUGCAUUCCCUGCCCCAGGUGCCAAUCCUACUACUGGCGAAAGUGGCAAUAAUGGAGCACCUGCUAACCCAUUUGCAAAUUUGUUUCCUAAUGGAAUUCCACCAAUUGAUCCUCUGGCAUUAUUUGGAGGUGCUGCCCCUGCAGCCGCGCCUGCUCCAGUAGACAACAGACCACCAGAAGAAAGAUAUGAAAGUCAAUUGAGACAAUUGAACGAUAUGGGGUUUUAUGAUUUCGAUAGGAAUGUAGAAGCAUUAAGAAGAACUGGUGGUAGUGUUCAAGGUGCAAUUGAGUAUUUGUUAGGAGGUAAUUAG